CGCGGCGGCGGCCGGCGCUGAAUGAGAGACGCCGACUGCUCCGGUCGCCGAGCGCUAGCCUAGGCGGCGGCGGCUGCAAAGCGGUGGAGCGGGGGGCCGGCGCCGUCUUUCCAGUCUCCGAGGCGUCUGCCGCGGCUGCACAGGAAUAAUAAUGUAUUUGUGGCCUUGGACAUGAAGCAGUCUUCUGUUGCUGUUAACUAGCGUCAGGGACUGAUGUUGUGGGAAGCAUGGACCUAAUGAACGGGCAGGCAAGCAGUGUUAAUAUUGCUGCUACUGCUUCUGAGAAAAGUAGCAGUUCUGAGUCAUUGAGUGACAAAGGUUCUGAAUUGAAGAAAAGCUUUGAUGCUGUGGUAUUUGAUGUCCUUAAGGUUACACCAGAAGAAUAUGCGGGUCAGAUAACACUAAUGGAUGUUCCAGUAUUUAAAGCCAUUCAACCAGAUGAGCUUUCAAGUUGUGGAUGGAAUAAAAAAGAAAAAUACAGUUCUGCACCAAAUGCAGUUGCCUUUACAAGAAGAUUUAAUCAUGUAAGCUUUUGGGUUGUUAGAGAGAUUCUUCAUGCUCAAACGUUAAAAAUUAGAGCAGAAGUUUUGAGCCACUAUAUUAAAACUGCUAAGAAACUAUACGAGCUGAAUAACCUUCAUGCACUUAUGGCAGUGGUUUCUGGCUUACAGAGUGCCCCAAUUUUCAGGCUGACUAAAACAUGGGCGUUAUUAAGUCGAAAAGACAAAACUACCUUUGAAAAAUUAGAAUAUGUAAUGAGUAAAGAAGAUAACUACAAAAGACUCAGAGACUAUAUAAGUAGCUUAAAGAUGACACCUUGCAUUCCCUAUUUAGGUAUCUACCUGUCAGAUUUAACGUACAUUGAUUCAGCAUACCCAUCAACUGGCAGCAUUCUAGAAAAUGAGCAAAGAUCAAAUUUGAUGAAUAACAUCCUUAGAAUAAUUUCUGAUUUACAGCAGUCCUGUGAAUAUGAUAUCCCCAUGUUGCCUCACGUCCAAAAAUACCUGAACUCCGUUCAGUAUAUAGAAGAACUACAAAAGUUUGUGGAAGAUGAUAAUUACAAGCUUUCAUUAAAGAUAGAACCAGGGACAAGCACACCACGUUCUGCUGCUUCCAGGGAGGAUUUAGUAGGUCCUGAAGUAGGAGCAUCUCCACAAAGUGGAAGAAAAAGUGUGGCAGCUGAAGGAGCCUUGCUACCACAGACACCACCAUCGCCUCGGAACCUGAUUCCACAUGGACAUAGGAAGUGCCAUAGCUUGGGUUAUAAUUUCAUUCAUAAAAUGAACACAGCAGAGUUUAAGAGUGCAACGUUCCCAAAUGCAGGGCCAAGACAUCUAUUAGAUGAUAGCGUCAUGGAGCCCCAUGCACCAUCUCGAGGCCAAGCUGAAAGCUCUACUCUUUCUAGUGGAAUAUCAAUAGGUAGCAGUGAUGGCUCUGAACUAAGUGAAGAGACUUCAUGGCCUGCUUUUGAAAGUUCUGCAGAAUCAGAAGAUUUGGCAGUACAUUUAUAUCCAGGAGCUGUUACUAUCCAAGGUGUUCUCAGGAGAAAAACUUUGUUAAAAGAAGGCAAAAAGCCUACAGUAGCAUCUUGGACGAAAUAUUGGGCAGCUUUGUGUGGGACACAGCUUUUCUACUAUGCUGCCAAAUCUCUAAAGGCUACAGAAAGAAAACAUUUCAAAUCAACAUCAAAUAAGAACGUGUCUGUAGUAGGAUGGAUGGUGAUGAUGGCCGAUGACCCGGAACAUCCGGAUCUCUUCUUGCUGACUGACUCUGAGAAAGGAAAUUCAUACAAGUUUCAAGCUGGCAAUAGGAUGAAUGCAAUGCUGUGGUUUAAGCACUUGAGUGCAGCCUGCCAAAGUAACAAACAACAGGUUCCUACAAACUUGAUGACUUUUGAGUAAAAGCCUGAUAAAAAACAAGGUGAACUGUUAUCUUAAGUGAAAGCAAGGACCUGAUGAAAGAGCGCCAGCUAUAAACCAAUCCUGUGCCAGGAAGAACCUAGAGGUUCCAUCUCAGCCUCUGGAGUUCUGAACCAAAAAAGCACUAAUUUCAGGGAAUGAAGUGAGAUAUUCCCAGAGAACAAAUUGGAGUUGCAAAACAAACUGCCAUGGACCAUGCUUCUUAUCUCUGAACCGACCUGUGGAAACCACUGCCUUAAAAGAAUGAAAGGAAAACCAACAUGAAACACCAAAUAGUGUGUGUGAAUCUUCUGGCGGUGCUGUGCUUGGAAUAGAUUGUAGCUAAUUUGCAUUUCUUUUAACUUUGUACUAAUUUUGGAGGGGAGAAUCACCUUUUUUUAGAUACACUUUAAAAAGAAAAACAUAUUUCUUAUGGGUUACAUUAGGAGCUGGUUGUGAAGUGAGGUAUAAAGCUACUCCAGCUUAGUAGAGUUCUACCAGCAGCCUAGCGGAAAGGUGUGCUUGAGCUUCCAUUAGUCUGCAGCCUCACUCGCUUUUUCACAACAAGAGUGUAGGAAUUAGAAAUGUUAAUAA